UAUAAGUUGGAGAUAGUGUUAAUAGUCAGCUGUUAUUUGUUUUCGGAAAAGAAAGCAACAGAGUAAAAUUAAUUAAUUUGGCCUCUUAUUACUGUCUUAAGUGCGUAUGCAUUGUUUCUAAAUUGCGUAAUUGAAUAAAGGUUAAUACAAUCCAGUGCCGGAAAUAAUAACUUUUGACUCAAAGUGUAAUAUGGAGUAUAAGUGUAAUAAACUUUCUUAUAGGCCUUCAGCUACCGUUAUAAUCGCAACUAAGAAGAAAGUCGAUGCUAAUGCUAAUUUUGAGAUUCUACUCUUUGAACGAUCCACGAAUACGUCUUUUGCUCCUGGACACUGCGUCUUUCCUGGAGGAACUUUCGAGGAGGCAUCAGAUGAAUGUCAAGAAUGGAUGAAUUACUUCGAAGAGUAUGGCGUAAGCUCGAAUCAAUUAGAUAGACUUAUUGUCAAAGAGCCAAAUACCAAAAGAACGAAUUCACUUUUAAGCACUGGUAAAAGUUUCUCACGUGAAAUUUCUUUGCGUAUAACUGCUUGUCGCGAAACAUUUGAGGAAGUUGGAAUUUUAUUCUUUCGGAACCAUAAAACACUUAAAAAAUUAAGUUCCACACCUACAUUUGGGGAAGAUUAUGAGGAUGUCAAUUUUGAUCGAGUCGGAUGGCAGUUUGCCGUUCAUAAAGACGCGAAACAAUUUCUUAAUUUAUGCCGGAGUCUGCAUGUUGUGCCGGACCUAUGGUCCCUGUAUGAAUGGUCUUUAUGGCGUUCACCAUUCACUGCGGAAAAGAGAUAUGACACCGUAUUCUACUUCGUAAGUUCGACAAAAAAGCCGACAGUACUUCUGGAACACAGUGAAGUCAAAAGAACUAUGUGGAAAACUGCUUCAGAAUAUUUGGAUCUUCACAAAAACAAAAAAAUAUGGUUGCCACCUCCCCAAAUGUAUGAACUUUCACGGCUUUCCAAAUUUACACGGCUGCAAAACUUAACAAAUUACGCUAGUUAUCGCAGCAGACAAACAAAAGAACUACUUGCACCGUUUUAUUAUAAAUCUUCAGAUGCUAUGAUUGGAGUUCUGCCCGGUGACGAUCUGUACCCCUCCGAAGAAAAUAGUCCAUCAAGUACACUAAACUACUCCAGCAAACAACUAAAAUUUAUGGCAAAAAAUCUGCAUCGAAUAGUUAGUUUUGAUAUGCACGAAACCGUUAUUCAAAAAAAUGUUUCGUCAAGCAAUAGCCAAUUAGAUAUCUUCGACAAAUGUAAGCUUUAACAAGUAUAUAUUUUUUAGGUACAUACAUAUAUAUGUACUAGCGGACCCAACAAACGUUGUCCUGUACACACUUCUUUAGUCCGAAUUUCAAUAAGCUGUAACAAUCUGGACCGUUUUGAUGAAAAUUAUUAUUAAAAUGUUUCAUUUCAGGUUUCAUUCGCCACUUACCAGUCGAAUGUAGGCACAAUUUUUCCUUUAAUUAAAAUUCUUAUUUAUUUUGUUCACAGAUCAAUGCAAUAGAAAAUAUAUGAUAAACGUAUAAUAUCGAUAGGGUCCAAGGGAAUGCUGCCUUAAAAAAUUAAAAAAAAAAAAUUUUUUUUGUUGGACUUUUUACAUAAAUAAAUAUAUAUUAUUUUAAUCGAUUGGUCAAUAGUAAGUGUAAUGAAUUUAGUUGCAAUUGAAAUGAACUUAUUUUCAUCAAGAUCAUUAAUUUUAAACUGAUAGAACUUUUCUAAUCUUUCGCAAGGACAAGAAAAAUGAAAUUGAUCGCGAAAAAAUGUUUUGAAAAAAAUUAGAAACAACAAUAAAACAUUUAAUUUAAA